UAUAGCUAGACACCAUAACACAAUCAUCACCUCAACACUCAUUCAUUCACUUGAAGCAUAUACAUUAAAUCCUCUUCCAAUUUCAAGACAAUCAUGGCUAGUUCAAUGCUUGUCAAGGUUACUUGUUUUGCUAUGAUAUGCUUGGUUUUGGGCAUUCCCUUAGCUGAUGCUGCCCUACCAUGUGGUCAGGUGCAACUAACUGUAACACCAUGUCUUGGGUACCUUAGGAGGCCAGGCCCAUCUGUCCCUGCACCAUGUUGCAAUGGGAUUAGGAGUUUAAAUAAUCAAGCCAAAACUACCCCUGAUCGUCAAAGUGUCUGCAGGUGUCUCAAGUCUACUGCACUCAGCUUACCUGGACUCAAUCUUCCCGCCGCAUCUUCCAUCGCUGCUAAGUGUGGUGUUAACUUGCCCUACAAGAUUAGCCCAUCCAUUGAUUGCAACACGGUAAAGUACUAAACAGCUUACGGAGAAUACGCUUGAGCCCCUACUACAAUAAAUAACAUUUGGUUUGUGAUAAUAACCAAUACAGAAUAAAGAAGAUAGUUUAACUUCUUCUUUUGUAAUUGAGACCCUACUAGGGAUCACGUACUAUACUAUGUAUUUCUUUUUUUUUUUUUGGUACAACUAUGUAUUUCGAUAAUGUUUAAAUAAAAUAUAUGAAAUUUCUGCUCCAAAUAUCA